AUGCAGUCAUCCGCGGAGAGAGUUCUGACUUUUGAGGAGGACGAGAGGAACAGGGCAACAAGGCAAGGGAAUCGAUCCUUAGUUCCUUACCUAUGGAGCUCGAUCGGUCCUGCUGGAUCUCCACGGCAGUGGCGGGUGCUGGAGAUGAUUGAGGGAAAGAGGGCUCGGCGUCGCCGGCGACUGGGAAGAGGAGGGAAGGACAGGGGAGGCCGGAGGCGGAGUCGCAGAGCGACGAGCAAGGGAGGCGGAGUCGAGUCGGAGAGGCGGAGGCUGAGACGCGAAGAGUCGGAGAGUCGCAGAGAUGGGAGGCGCUCGGCGGAAUCGGAGUCGGCGAGGGAAGGGGUAGUUUGA